AUGGCGACCAAUUCGAACACUCUCCCUCAAGGGUUCUCUGUUUUCCAACCCGCUCUUGGCGCUCAGCUCCAGUUCUUCCCUGACAUCGGAUCUUCGGAGCUUGACGAGCUGGUGAACGCUUACAUCCCUGGCCCUGCCUCGAUCCAGGAGAAGCGCGCCACUAUCUCUCUCGACUACUUUGAGUAUGCACACCUGACUGGACAUACUUUCAAGUUCUACCCCGUCUACACACUUUCCGCUUCUGUGGAAUCUCCUGCUAGCGCCAGCCCUCUCCAGGACUCUAGCUAUGGAUCUUUCAACACGAGCCCUGCCACAUCCAACUGGGAUUGGAGCUAUGUGAACAGCACUUCCUCCCGCCGCUCGUCUCCCAAGUCCACAGCCAGCCAGCAGCCCGCUGACUUCUCUAACCUGCCUGGAAUGAAGAUAAUGACUAAGGAUGGUCGUGAUGUGACCAACUCUGCCUCCCGAGGAUCCAAGACAAAGGAGCAGCGAGAUCACGCCCACCUCAUGCGAAUCAUCAAGGCCUGCGAAAGCUGCAAGAAGAAGAAGAUCCGUUGUGAUCCUAGCCACAAGAAGCGUGGCGUUACCAGCACGGUAGCACAGCCCGCAAAGGUCACCAAGAAGACGAAGACGGUGGCCCCAGAAGCAAAGGUUUCUGUCGUUGCUCAGGAUGCCUUUACCGGCCAAAUGACAACCCCAGAGCUAGAAUUUUCAGUAAACCUCGACAACCUGACUGCCUCAGUCGAGCCAGAAAGCGAUGCAUGGGAGCAGUUCAUUCAAUACCCUGCUGUCGAUGACAGUUACGACUUCUUCAACGAUCCAGAGGGCUACUUCUCUCCCCAGUCACCCUCCUCUGUAUCGGACUUUUCAGCGAAGCCCAUUACUCCAACGACAGGACAAGACCUUCUUCGCCGUCCUCGUGGCACGGCCGAUGUAGAGAUUGCAGAACUGGACGAUUCUGCGGCGUAUCUGCCAUUCAACCAAGUCGAUGUCAACCACGACUAUGCGGACUUCAACCUUUAUUCUCCCGACUCGUCCUUCUCGGAAGAUGAUCGUAUGGUCCCGGUUCAAGUCUCUAAGCAGUCGGUUAGUCAGCCGAAAUCACCAGCACCGAACCCGCUACCACCACGGGACUUCUCGAAUGAAUUGAGUAGUUGUGGCGACGAGCUAGGUGGCGACGAGCUUCCUCACAACCUCUUCGGAGGACAGCUUGCUGCUCCUGCUUCCGCAUCACAGUAUCUCUUUACUCAUGGCCAGGUCGGCCGCAAAGAUGUCUGUGACGAUUCUGGAGCUGGCUUGAAGAAUCACGCCGCUAUUGUGCCAACUACCAGUCUCGGCUCAUACAUUCUGAGCACGAAUACUUCAUCACAGCACAGCGCGCCAGCCGUCGCAUCCUACACCCAAUCCUCCGUGGAUACUUUGUCAUCUACGAAUAGUAACGUGACAAUCAGUCGCGAUAUCAUAGAGGCCCACGGAAUGACGACAGCAGGUUCAUCAGAUCACCGACUAUCAGAGAAUGCAGAAACACAAGCAGCUUCUCAGCCAACCGAGAUUGUGGCUACACAACAGAAUCCCCAAACACUUGCAGCAGCAGCCGCACAAGCAGACUCCUCCCAGUUGAACGAGAUUGCUCGUGCUGUAGCAGUCUUCAAACCAACAGAGACUGUAUCUACAGCCAGCCAAGCAUCUUGUCACGAUGUCAGUGCCGAAGGCGGCCCCAAGCAACCAGAUUCUCGCGAUGCAGAGAUUCACAAUGUGGCGGGAGAUAUAUCCCAACCUUCUCCCACGCCCGCUGCGGUUGCUCUUGUGUCGUACUGCCCGGCAUCGACGAUUCGCAAACCAGGUCUGGAGACUCUCGUACCCCUUGGUAUGAUGUUGAUCGCCUCAACGGUCUGGUCCUUUGUCUACCAGCUGUUUGUUAACGGGGAUGAAUGCUGCGAGCACGGGACACGCUUUUCUUCGCAAAUGCAGAGGAAGGUCAAACAAAUGACAUCAAAAAUCGGGAGGGUGGCCACAAAGCUACAGAGCAUCACAUUGAGUGGCACGACACCAGCCGGUUGGACGAUAUCGAUGGGCAGAGGUCUCAUUGCUGUGUAA